AUGCCAAGGAAAUACAAAAGAAAGGAGGGCGUACGAGCUCGAGUAGUUUCUUGGACAACAGAGCAGCUACAAUCAGCUUUCCAUGAAUUGGAUAAAAAAGAAUUGGGUAUCAAUGAAAUAUCCAGACGAUUUGGGAUUCCAUCCAGAACAUUGCGAAGGCGUUACGCUAUUAAAAACCAAACUAAGCUAACUUUGGGAAAACAUCCUGUCCUGGGUUUUGAACACGAAAAAAGGUUGGUAGCGCACAUUUUGAAGCUUAGCGACGCGGGAUUUCCCCCAGAUAGAUGA